UUGGCAUUGAGGCUUCCACCUCUAGAGCGCUCACACGGGAGUAAUUUUUACCGUAGAAAUUGCAAUUUAACGCCUUGCGAUCGCCAGAAACUCAUAAAAUACUAGAUACCGAUUAUAACAAAAUAGGGCCUGCCAAUGGCAACGGAUUAGGUACGUGGAUAUAUCCAAUUCCAGACCUAAUUAUCUCCCUAAGCGUGUGUGAGUGCCUGCGUGGGUGUAUGGAAAAAAUUAACAAAAGCGCAGUAACAGCAGCAACAACAACAAGGAAACGCAUCAAUUUCGAGGUUUAUUGCAUAUACUAGAAAAAUAAACAAUCAAGUUGGAGGAGAACUGGAUAUCGUAUGCCCAGUGGCUGAUUGAUAAACAACCCGAAAAAAACCCUCGAAAUUCUGGAGUAGGACGGGCCACGUCGCUAUCGCUUAUCUACUGCACUGAGAGAAAAACAAACGAAGUGUGCCAUUCGUAUUCGAUAUUUGCCUUCAAAUUCUCUGGCGGCCGUGAUUAGUUCCCAAAAAUAAACAAACCCAAAAAACAUGUCCUCGUCGUCGGCGUCCGGCGGUCGAAAGCAGCCCACUGCCGUGUCCCGGAUGAAGCAGGACUACAUGCGGCUCAAGCGGGAUCCCCUGCCCUACAUCACCGCUGAGCCGCUGCCCAACAACAUCCUCGAGUGGCACUACUGCGUCAAGGGUCCGGAAGACUCGCCCUACUACGGCGGCUACUACCACGGCACCCUGCUAUUCCCGCGCGAAUUCCCCUUCAAGCCGCCCUCCAUCUACAUGCUGACGCCGAACGGACGCUUCAAAACCAACACGAGACUGUGCUUGAGCAUAUCAGACUUUCAUCCGGACACUUGGAACCCCACCUGGUGCGUGGGCACUAUUCUUACUGGUCUGCUGAGCUUCAUGCUCGAGAGUACACCCACACUCGGGUCCAUUGAGUCGUCGAACUAUGACAAGCAAAUGUUUGCUCAAAAAUCGCUAGCAUUUAACCUGCGCAACACCAACUUCUGUGAGCUGUUUCCCGACGUGGUCGAUGAGAUCAAGCAGCGAUUGCAGGGUACCCAGGCGGCGGCUGCGGCGGGAGGUAUUGCGUCUACCUCGAGCGGAGCAAAGCGGUCCAACGGGCUGGCCAAUGGCGCGGCCUUGGCAUCGGCGGAUGGCAGUCUGGCGGCGGGUGGCUUGGCCAAUCCACAGAAUGCAGCGGACGCAAUCGAUGGUGGUGCGGGGGGUCAGGCGGAUUUGGCCAGUGGCGGCGGAGCGUCGGCACUGCAGAACAGUGCACGGAAUUCCUAUUUAAACUGGCAGUCCGUCUAUUCAAACCUGGUGAUCAUCAUCUGCUUUGCGAUAUUUGCCCUCAUUGUUAAUUACGUGAUCAAGAACCUGAAUCAGGAAUAGGAUUAACGACACAGCCUCUAUAUUUAUAUACAAAUAUAGUUACACAUCCGUAUGCAUGUGCAUAUUUAAUCUAGUUAACUCUAAAGUAUAGUAGUCUUCGUGGAUUCAGUACCGCUUUAGAAGUAUUUACAGACCCCGCUUCAAACCCAAAAUAACCGCCACAGGCGCCGCCAUCCAUUCCCACAUUUCCCACGAUCUGAAAUUAUUGGCAAUAACAACUAGAAACACAGAAACACAUAUUUCUAAACUCAAUUUGUGAAAUCUUUAAAUUGUUUUGUUAUGUAUUCAUUACUAUUAAAGUCUAGUUUAAUACAAAGUGAAUGCAGCCAGGAAUAUGUUUGUAAAUGAAUAAAAAAAAAACGGCAACAUAUGAGCUCGUGUACAAAUUA